AUGAACUCAGCCUUCACUGAUGAGAAGGAGAUGGCCAACAGGCUGGCUAGAACCUUCAGAAGGGGAGAUCUUCAGAAGCGCCCACCGAAGUAUUCAUUUGUCUUCGCCAGAUUGUCUGAGUUACGGUCGAGAAUGUGCGGUUUCCUACCUAAAACGACACAGGCUGAGUUCGCCUCUCGUUUGGAUUUGGAGCUCGUCAAGCAGCAGAUAGAGCACCACGCCUUUGAUCGUGAGACCUUCGUACAGGUAGACAGUAGCCUACACUGUGGUUGA